AAUGUCGACUAUGGUGCAUUUAGACUAUCCCCGGAGUGAAAAUUUCCUCCAAUGGGACGAAUUAGAAUGCCUCAGCAGAGCUUUAGGAUUUCCUAGUGAUUAUUUAUUGAGAGAGAUUCCAAAGGAAUACACUGAAAAGAGCGGUAUAACAAUAGAAAAUUUCUAUUAUCUGAUAAACAAACACCACUGCUUUGAUAGAGCUGUUGAUCAUACAUUUAAUAUUCAUUCUCCACAAUGGAAUCUUAAAGUCAUAAAGAAAUCCGUCUACCUGCUAAGUCACAGAGCAAUAAGUUUCAAGCAACUUUUUGAUAUAAGAAUUGCGUAUGGAGUUUACGAAACUUUAGAUACAAGAGGUCUUCUAACAGAGGAGGAACGUCUUAGGAGAGCUCUGAAAAUGUGUAAUUUUCAAAUAUCUCCUAUGAAGAAGAGACAUAGAUUAAAGCAUAUGCAACAAGCAUUUACCGAAUCGAAUCGUAUGCAAUUAGAUGAAUUUAUGCAAUUAAUACUUUGGUGUAAAAAAUAUCAAGAAUGGGAAAAUAAAGGCUCAAAUUUAAAUUUAACCAAAGAUUUCUCAACAGGACUCUACGAACUGGAAGAUUUUAAUGAACUUUUACAUCAUCAUGACGAGAAGAUGGGCUGGAAAUUAGACGAAGAAUAUUUACAAGAGGAAAGGGCGUUUUCGAAAGAACGUCACGGAAGUAAAAGGUUACCUAAAGAAAGUACAAUUGAUCCUGAAGUUAGAAGACGAAUGGUUUAUGAACAUAUGCGAAAGUACAUGCCACUUAAAGAAGAAAUGAAUAAAUCCGAGGGACGUGUACAAAGCGCUCAAGCCGGAUAUAUUCGAGAUAGACCUAUUACAACUCCCAGGGUUAUAAACGAUUUCCAGUCCAAUAAUAAUUCCCAAAGCCAAUCAACUGAUAAUCAUCCGAAUAGCCUGCAAGAUCGUAUGAAAGUCUUUUAUAAAAGACCAAAAACUAGUCACGCUAAAAAUACAAAAUCAUCGAAAUCACAAUCAAAUUAUCCUGCAAGACCGUAUAGUACCCCGCCAGUAAUUCGCCAAGAAGAUGUUGAAGAAUUGGAGAGAAACGUUUCUAACCUAAAAUUCAGCGAUGUUACUCUCGUUGACAAGUACAAGAAAAGAUUUGUCGGAGAUAUGGAAUAUCUUUAUCCUGGUUUUAGUCAACGUUCAAUAGGAAAGGAUAUAAGAAAUGCUAGAAGACCUAAAACCGCCCCCGUUGGACAGAGAGUUGGUACAGUAAAAAGGAGAAUUUUAAUGAAACAACAAUCAACUCAAAGUCAAUUGAAUGAGGAACAACGUCAACAGGAAGUGAAAAAUGAUAUUCUCAAGGGAACAGAGGCGGUAGUUGGAACUAAAAAUUGGAAACUUGUACUUGAUCAUAUGGAAAAUGUGCCAAUCAUAGAACCUAAAUCAAAAGAUGUUAAAUUUAAAAUGCGUAAAAGUAAAAGAACCGAAAAAGCCAAAUUAUCAAGACUAGUCAACUUAGUGGAGAAGGAUUCACCAUAUAUGGCAAGAAAGUUAGCUUUUGCUGCUGUAAAACAAAGACCGUGAUUGAUAACCUAGGAAAGAUUUUCUUGACAUAAAUACCUAGUCGCCAAAUGAAUGGAAAUAAUAAUUAUAUAGGAAACUCUUUAAAUUCAUAAACAUUUAUUGACAUAAUAGUAAUUGAAAUAUAAACAAAUUUUUUUUGGUUGAGAACAUACGAGAAAGAAUAAACUUAUUUUCGAAGUUUUCCAGAAAAGAUCCUAAUGGGAGAAAAAGUAGAGAGAGAGAGAGAGAGAGAGAGAGAGAGA